GCGCGGGCCGCGUUUGAAUCGGCGGCGGCGCGGGCGGGUGAGUCAGCACCGUCGGCCGGUGCCGUCCGGGAGCUGCGGAGCGGACGUCGCGCUGCCCCGUCCCGCGCGCCGCGGCCGCCUGCGAUGCCCCCGGGCCGGGAGAGUGACCCGGGCAGGAGGGCAGAGGUUGCUGGGGGGCUCCCCUUCCUGCUCUGUGCACUCCCUGGUCCACGUCCGCAGUGGGCAGCUGGGCCAUGACACCCCCGCAGCAGCCGCCUCCUCUCCAGGUGGAGCCCAGAGCACCAAGCACCUCUGCUCCGGCCGUCAGCUCUCUCGGGCUCAGUGGCAGCCCAGGGAGCUUCUGGGACUUGGUGUCUGACAACUUUGCGCCCAGCUUGGCCCCUGCCCUGAGCGCCGGCCCAGCGGGCUCUGCCAGCAGCAGCACGGAGCUGGCUCGGGUCCGGCGCCAGCUGGAUGAGGCCCGGAGGAAGAUCCGGCGCUGGGAGGAGUCGUGGCAGCAGGUGGAGCAGGCCUGUGACGCGUGGCAGCGGGCUGCCCGGGAGGCCAAGGAGCGUGCGCUGGCAGCCGACAGCGCCCGGCAGCUGGCCCUGCAGAAGAAGCAGGAGGUGGAGGCCCAGUUCCGGCGGCUGCAGGAGGAGCUGGAGGGCCGCGGCAUGGUGCCCUCGCUCCCUGGCCUGCGCAGCGGCGGGGACGUGGGCGACAUCCCCCUGCCCCAGCUGCACUCCCUGCAGAGCCAGCUGCGCCUGGAUCUGGAGGCUGUGGAUGGGGUGAUCUUCCAGCUCCACGCUAAGCAGUGUGCCAUGUGCCGGGAGCGUGCCCAGGGCACAGAGCCACGUGCGGCCGGCACAGCCGAGUGCCCCUGCUGCGCUAGCCAGCCCCUGCCCUGGUGACAUAUGGACACCUACUCACUCCUCUCAGCACGGUCUCGUGGGCCUGGCCUGGCACCUAUACCCGGCACUGACCCGGGAUAAAGAAAUGUUCCUGACUGCUCUAAGCUGUGGUCCGCCGUGUGCUGUGGCAGAAAGCCUCCCUGUCCGUUUCUUACCGGCUCUGUUGGUAAGCGCCAGGUUUCCUGUUCUGAAUCCGGACUCACAGUGAGCUUCUCCCCGGCAGUGAGGCCGCCUGGGGGUUGUGCCAUUUUCCAUUCGACCACCGUGCCAGUGUUUGUGGCCGUGAUCACCCAGGCCCUCCCCAUCCAGCAUUCACAGGAAGGAGCCUCUUCCCACGUGAGGUAACGCCUUCUCCACAGUCCAGCCUGGCUCCCUGCCCAUGCCCCUUCCUAAGUGAGGGCCACCCUCAGACUUACUUCCCGAAACGGUGCUGGGGUAGCAGGGCCACCACCAGGCUCUGCCAUCACUGCACAACUGCAUACCCACGCUCCGGCUUUAGGGCCACAGCAAUUGUGGGCACAGCCCGGGGCCCUGAAAGCACAGGGGUGCCGUGGGCCGCUUACCCCAGGAAGCCCUCCAAGAGAGGUCAGCAUGCCCAGCCCUGGGUGAAGGGGGUGCUGCAGGUGAGUCUGACCUAGUGCUGACAGGGACAGUGUCACCACUUGCAGCUUUUCUAAUGUGUAAAGGAUGUGGCCAACACUUUCAUCAGCGACCAAAAGGAGAAACUACUGUAAAGGUUCAGACUUCACACAAGGUCCUUGUUUGAGUCCAUGCAGUCCCAGCAUGGACUCGGGGGCUCCUGCAUUCAGGCGUGCUUGGCCCCGGUGGCAGCCCCAGGAGACCCACAGCGGGUGCUCUUGCAGAGGCGUCUGUGGGCUGAAUCCACUUUGUUUCUGGUGAUAGUGACAACAGUCUGUUCUAGAAAUGACAUCUAUUUUGUGCUACUGUCACCACUGCUUAAAGUCUUUAUUUUACGAACGCUUAUGCACUGCUGCCCACCUUGCUGGGCCAAGGGACAUUUGAUGUCUAUUCAGCCUGGUCUUCUGCGAACCGUAAGCAAGCCCAGCUCCUCAGUCUGUGUGCGGUGCGGCGCCACUGCUCGGCAGGGAGCCUGAGGAGUACCCGGGACCCAGGCAGGCCAAGAGGCAGAGAGGAGCUGGAGUGGCGGGUAGCGGCUUCUCUGGCUGUCAGUGGCGUGGACCACCCUGCUGCUGGACACUGGCCAGCUCAGCAGGAUGCAGAGGUUGUGUGUGUCUGUUGCAAUGUGAAUGGGGACAGAGCAGCACUAACUUGCCCCGGUGGACGUCACAUUCCAGAUGCUGACCCAGGCCUCCAAGGGAAUUAUUUCAUAUCGUAACGCUCAUUUAAGUAUUUUACACCGUGGUGUCAUUUAAGCAGUCGUUUACAGGAUUUGCGGAAUUAUUUUUAUCCGUAUGGGAAUUAAAGCUCGGAAUCUUCA